AUGGAGUGAAUAAGCCAUUUGUUUGUCCCUGCGCUGUCCUCCCUGGCCUUGCCUGGUGCUUGGUGCCUGGCAUCCAGGGUCAUUUCUUUUCAUAACGACCACUGCCAUCCUUGCAUUAGCAUUUUCACUGCUGUGGGGGCAACAUUCGAGUGUCUGUGUCCUUGGUCGCUUGCUUGCUACGGGUCUUAUUAUGCAGGGACUUGGGAAAACAGAGAGAGGGGAGCAGGGCCGAGACAUCGACCUGACAUCGCUGAGAUCCACCAUGCCAGCCAGUGGCCCUCUGCAGGGAGGUUCAACCUCAAAUCUGAACAUGAACCUGUAUGCCACCAAGAAGACAGCAGCUGAGGGCAUGUUGGACAUCGCUCUGUUCCUGGCUAACAUCACACACAUGAAGACUGUCAUCGAACAGGGAGCUGGAUACAGGUACUACGUUGCUGUCCUGACACUCAUCUCCUUCUCCCUGGCUCUCCAGAUAGUGGCUGGAGUCCUGAUCAUCAUCAUUGCCCGCAGGGACCUGAACGUGGUGUCCAAUCAGAAACGACUCGACUACCUGAACAACCUUGCUACAGGCGUCAUCUUCGUCACCACGGUGAUUAACUUCUUCGUCAGCUUCUUCGGAUCCAAGAGGACUGGCUUCUUCCGCUGGCUGCUGGCUCGACUCCACUUCUGACACGCACACACACACACACACACACACACACACACAUAAACACAUGUAUGCACUCACAUAUCAAACACAUUUAAACACUGCAACAUGCAUGCAUACCCUCACACACCAUUUAUACAAGUAUUUUAUCUGUACACACACUUAAACAUGUUGAUUCAAAGUUGAAAUUAACUUAAAAAUCCUUUUGACAAAGUUCAGACAAACAAUUCACAUGUAUGUUCAAAAAUCACAUCUAAUCUUUGAAGAGAGAUUCAUGCUGUAAUCCAACUAAAAUAUUUUCACUUUAACCAACUGAAUAUCUGUGUAAAUAUGCAUUAUUUUAUGUAUAUUGCUGCAAUAAUGUGCUUGUGCAAAAAUUGUGCAUAUGUUCCAUUAUGUGUAUUUCGAACUGUUUCACACUUUACAUGUGUUUCCCAAGAUUUUUACACCAUUUAUUUUUAAAAACUUUUUUGACAAAUGAUGAGGUUCAAUACCAGACAAAAACUAGGGUGAUAUAAAUGAGAGACAUCCCUUCAAUAUGUACAUACACAUUCUCCUCCAGAAAGCUGAAUAAAUAUAAUGAUUUAACAGAAA